AUGCGGAUGAAUGGACCUGGCGGGCCUGGGUCAUUCCCAGCGCCAUCCGGUCCCAAGGUACGAAGCUGCCUGCGCUGCAUCGCAUCGCAGCGGCCUUUGAUUUGCCGCGUUGGCUUGCGUGGUGCAUCCACAGGUCACGUUUCUCACGAAGAAGCAGCGUGAGCGGCUCGCCCUCCAACAGAAGCAAGAAGCUGAGGAAGCAGAAAGGCUGAAAGCUGAAAAGCAGGAGGUCCUUCGUCGUGAGUUUUUGUUGUCUGAGGAGCUGCAGCGCGAGAAGGAGAGGCAACUGCGCAUGAAAGAAAGGGAGCGCGCACGUGAAAAGAAGGAGGAGAGGAGGACCAAAGAGGAGAAUGCGCAUCGAGAGCAGAAGGAGUAAGCAUGAAAGCUAUCCCUUGACGAAUCGUCAUCUUCGUGAUUGAUGGCAUGGAACAGGAAACGGCCGAGCGACAUCCAACCUGGAAGCGGAGAUCGACAGGUGUCUUCAUGUCUGGACGUGCGCGCUUCGGCCAACGUAUAUACCUGAUGCUAUGUGUGUAGGAUCGACAGUCCUCAUCCCUCGCGCAUUUGGACAUGCUGCGGCUCCCAGAGAGCGAGAAGCGCGCCAGACAACAAGAGAAAGAGCUUGCUCAGGUCGGCAUUCUUGAUAUUCAGACGGGCUCGACGUGAAAAAUGGUGUGUCUUUUGUUUGUUUCUUUGUGCCUCAGAUCAAAGAACACGUAGGGUUUAGGCAGGGCAGCACGCGCUGA